AAUGCCAAAGCAGUGUUCCUAGUAAAGCGUUUCGAAUACGUUAAUCUCCACCACUGCACAACUGAGUGGUAUAACACCUACCUUGGCGUUCGGCGCCUUGGCCUCCGUCCGCAGGAUGUACACGUCAUUCUCAUUGACGCUCAUCCGGCAGCCAUCUUAGACAACGUUUGGACAGCCCUCUUUGGCGGAUACUCACGCAUUGGAGAGUACCGAUCCAGUGCCUUCAAACAGAAGCCCACAAUGCUGGCCACGAUUCCUGACCCUGACGGUAAUCCUAGGAAACUGCGAGCUCGCCUAAUCCUCGCAGACCGUGCCGUCUGGAGUCCGCCCGGCUACCAUAGCCCCAUGACACGCCUAAAGGAUCCCAAUAUCCAUCUAAUUGAGGAAUUUCGCGACCACUUCGUGCGGUCGCACGGCGUAGAAGUGCUACCGGUGGUGCCCCUGGCCACCGGCGAGAACCCAUCUCACAGUCGCUGCCGGCCGCGACUAGUUGUCAUUCUGCGACGCAACUACGUUUCGCAUCCGCGGCAGCGUACAGUGGGCCGUAAAUUUGCCAAUGAACAGGAGCUGCUCUAUCACCUUGAAAAGGCCACCGUAACGCUACCAGACGGUGAAGUGGUUGCACUGUUGGACUCAGUACACGGCGUCCAGCUAGACCUGCUGAGCAUGCAGGAACAGUUGAAGUUCACGGGCAAUGCAGACAUUCUGUUGGGUGCGCAUGGCGCCGGCAUGACACAUGCCUUGUACAUGCCACAUCAAUCGGCCGUGGUUGAACUCUUUCCAAUGGCCUCAGAAGGCAAAAACUUUGACUUCGAGGCAAUUGCGCGUUGGAAGGAUCACGUCUACGUGCCCUGGCGCAAAUCCAAGCCGGAGCUGGAGCUGACGGAUGAAACGCUUCUUAUCCCGCCUGCGGCCAGCAAAAAUCCGCGGUCCGUCCCAGAAAAUGUUGAGUUCUCCAAGGGUCUAUAUUAUCUUCUCCACACUGACGAUCUACGAUCGCCAAACGAAUGUUUGUUUGUUAAAAAUGCUGAUGAUAUGGUUGUUGGCCAUCUUCUUCGAAUUGGCUUCUAA